AUGGAUCUCCAAUUUAAUAAUUCAACUAAAAACUUUUUGUUUAUUUACUGUUUUAUCCUUUUAUUAUUUAAUAUUACUGCUGAUGAAUAUCGUGUUAUUUAUUCAAGCAGCAGAAAUGAUUUGUUUAAUUAUAAACGAUUUCACGUAAACUCGAGUUAUGAUGGUAGCCUUGUAAUUAUGAUUAUAGAUGAUCAUAAUGACAACCGCUACAAAGCUAUUCAUACGCUUUUACCUAACGGAUCUGUAUCAUAUUUCGAUCUUGAUUUUUCAGAUAAAGAUAAAAACAUCAAUGUUAGUCGUGUAUUUCCUUUAAAUAAGAAACUUUAUUUUCUACUUUACGAUGACAUUGUCGAUAGCUAUGAGCAAAUCACUGGCAUGUUAAUAGACUGGAAUAAACAAAUUAUAAAAGAUAAUAUUUUUGUAGCAGACGGGACCAUUGAGAAAAAUCCCAGUCUAGAUCUUGUUUUAGAUCUUGUUUUAGAUACGCGAUUGUCUUACUUUUUAAUUUACAGCCAAUUUAAAAGAGUAAUUAGUUGGUCUUUAUAUAACCUACAGAAAGAAACUAAUAUCAAUCUUGUAGCCAAUAAUUCUUUUGAACUUUCAAAUAAUUCGACUCUUAAAUCAGUAUUUCCAAUCGUUAAUGGAGGCUAUGGUUUUGUUACUAUAGAAAUUCUGUAUGACAAUAGUAGCAGUAUUUCAAAUAUUUCUGUGCCAAAUGCAUAUUUAUAUUAUAAGUUUUUAGUUCCGACAACUCACAAAAUUUCUGAAAAGUUUUUACUUUAUUAUGCGCGAAAUGUUGAUACAAUAUUAUACGUUUCAUGUUCAUCAAGUUACAGUGUGGAUGGGAAUGUGUGCAUGAUAACUGCAUUAAUUGAGAAAUCUCAAAAUAUUUCGAUGAUAGUGACAUAUCAAAUUGAUUUCUUAUCAUCGGGUUCUAUAAUUGGACUAAAGCAACGAUACUUGCAAAAGGUGAACAUUACUACCAAUUAUAUCAAUUCAUACUUUAAUAUCAAGCCUUUAUUCUAUGGUGGAUCUAUUGUAACUAGUUGGGUCGCUUCAUGUAUUAACCAUUUAUGUGAGGUAUCUCAUAUUGGAAAUUGCCGUUGUCGACACAGUUUGUUUUAUAAUUUAUCUGGACAUAUUAUUUCGAUUAAUGGUAGCGAAAAAGAAUGGGAUUUAAAUCCGAUCUUAAACUUUAUAAGUGCUACGUUUGACAUAAUGAAAAAUAACACAUAUAUAUUAUACGUAUUGUAUAAGCCCGGCAAUUGGAGUAUUUUCAGUAUAGAUUUAACAAAAUUCAGAGAAGACUUUGGUUAUGAAAAUCCAAAUAUUAUUUCAGUAUACCCAAACAUUAAUAAUACUAUCUCACCUUACACAAAUGUUAUUAAUAUCACCUUUUCAAAUCCAAUUAUUAAAUCGUCGAGUAAUCUCUCCAUUUACCAAACCAAUGAGACUACUAAACAAUUCAAGCUAAGAAAAUUCUAUUCUGGAAAUUCGGAAGAUUGUAAUAUUUUAAAUAAUACAAAUACAAUUUCAUGCAAUAUUUCACCAAGUAUUUUUAAUCAAUUGAAUUCUUUUUAUACAAUUGUGGUGGACAAUGGAUUUAUGAGAUAUGCCUUAACGGAUGAACCUAUUUAUGGUAUUGUGGAAAAUCUAUGGACAUUUAAGACUAAUUCAC